AGAGAGGCACUAAAGCAGCGGCGCUUUGACAGGUGUUCUCUUCCAUCGGGCAGGAAUAGAGUUGAUAUUGGGUUCUCCCACCUGCUUUCUGACUGCAUCCUCCUUCUUGAACAGUAGAGAGCAGGCAUCUUCUCUCUCUCUCUCCUUCUCUCCUCUCUCUCUCCUGGACCACUCGAGAUGCUUGCAUUGAGCGUUAGUAUGGCCAGAGAUUCCUGUGCCUUUUGAGAGAACAGCUGUGCUUUCGCGCACUGAAACUCCAGCAUCUGAAUUACAGCCGAGACGAGUGGCACAAAGUGCACGAGGAGAGGGUGAGGGGCUGGAGCAUCAUCAUCAAUCAGUCAGUCAUUGGGACGUUCCCUGCCUCACUCAUAUGGAUUAAUCUUUCUCUUUUUGAGGACACUUGCAACCAUGGGCUCCACAGGUACCGAGACUAAUCCAGGGAUGGACAACACUCCGUUGAAGUAUCCCGUCAGAGGACACACAGAGAAGAUGUGGCAACGGCUGAAAGGAAUAUUAAGAUGUUUAGUGAAGCAGCUGGAGAAAGGUGACGUCAAUGUCGUGGAUCUGAAGAAGAAUAUCGAAUAUGCAGCUUCUGUGUUGGAGGCCGUAUACAUCGAUGAAACGAGGAGGCUCUUGGAUACUGAAGAUGAACUGUCAGAUAUCCAGUCCGAUGCAGUCCCCCUGGAAGUACGGGAUUGGUUGGCUUCUACCUUCACGAGGAAAAUGGGGAUGACGAAAAGGAGGCCGGAGGAAAAACCCAAAUUCCGAAGCAUUGUGCAUGCGGUGCAAGCUGGGAUUUUUGUAGAAAGAAUGUACCGAAGGACCUCUAGCAUGGUUGGUUUAGCCUAUCCAGCUGAAGUGAUACAAACAUUUAAGGAUGUCGAUAAAUGGUCAUUUGAUGUGUUUGCCUUAAAUGAAGCAAGUGGAGGCCACAGCCUGAAAUUUAUGAUGUAUGAAUUGUUUACCAGAUACGAUCUAUUGAGCCGUUUCAAGAUCCCUGUUCCCAGUCUCAUUUCAUUUGGAGAAGCUUUGGAAGCUGGCUACAGCAAACACAGAAACCCCUACCACAAUUUAAUCCAUGCGGCAGAUGUUACCCACACAGUGCAUUGCAUCCUGCUUCUCACUGGUAUCAUGCACUGGCUCACUGAACUGGAAAUAUUAGCCAUGAUCUUUGCAGCUGCUGUCCAUGACUAUGAGCACACCGGGACGACAAACAACUUCCACAUUCAGACCAGGUCAGAUGUUGCCAUUUUAUACAAUGACCGCUCUGUCCUUGAAAACCACCAUGUAAGUGCUGCUUAUAAGAUUAUGCAAGAAGAAGAAAUGAACAUCCUGGUGAACCUAACCAAAGACGAAUGGAGGGAACUGCGCAACCUUGUCAUUGAGAUGGUCCUAUCUACGGAUAUGUCGGGUCAUUUCCAGCAAAUCAAAACCAUGAGGCACACUCUUCAGGAGACUGAGGGGAUAGACAAAUCCAGAGCCAUGUCCUUGAUUCUGCAUGCAGCCGACAUCAGCCAUCCGUCAAAGUCCUGGGAUCUGCACUUCCGUUGGACCAAGGCACUGAUGGAAGAGUUUUUUCGACAGGGAGACAAAGAGGCAGAACUAGGGCUACCAUUUUCUCCUCUUUGCGACCGCAAAUCCACCAUGGUGGCACAGUCCCAAAUAGGUUUCAUUGAUUUUAUAGUCAAGCCAACAUUUUCUCUUCUUACUGACUCCAUGGAGAAAAUAGUUUUUCCUCUUAUAGAGGAAGCUUCAAAAUCUGAAAAUCCAAGCUUUUUGUCAUUACCAAGUGAAAAUAGCAAUGGAGGAAGCAGCGCUGAAGUGCACAAAAGGUUAAAUGUUAAAAACACUCUGUCCGUGAGUGGGACUUGUUCAGAGAACACUUUAGCAACAGUGGACUUAAGAAGCUUUAAGGACAACUUAUUUGAAAUCAUCCAAGAAAACAAAGAUAGGUGGAAAGAUCUAGCAGAAAAAGAAGAGCUUGUACAAGAAGAUGAAAUGCAGUCAAAGGAGCCGAUGACGGAAGACCCAAACAGGCAAACCACAGACGCACAACUGGAGGAGGGAGCAACGAAGAGACCGAUCGAGAAAAAUCAGGGAAGACAGGAUAAAACACCAUUAUCCAGAGAGUCCUCCCACACACCUCUUGUUCUUCAAGUGCACUAUCUCAAUUCUCACACCAGCAUUCCAGGCGCUGAGACCUCGUCAAAGCUUUCGUUGAUUAAAAGAGAAGCUGUGGAUGUACAGCAAGAAACACAACUUACUGUCCCACUGAAUGGUAAGCCCAAUCUCCGUGAGAACACAGAAGAGCCACUUAAGGAACAGAAACAAAGUGUGCUGCGCAACUAGAGGACCCUCAUCAUUAUUGUUUGCGCUGCUUGAAGAAUGAGAGGGUGAACAGAAGAACAGAAACAAAAAAAAAUCCUGAUUUUUUUUCCACGAGGCGGUUACCGACUUUAUCAGAUCAUCCUUGGACCCUCUUCUCUUUCUGCACAGCUGAUGGAGGCAAACUUUGGCAUUAAACAUCAGAAUGGCCUGAGCUGGUAACUCGAGCCACUGAGAGCCACACCCCUGAUUCAGAGUUGUUUAUCCGUUCUUCAGUUCUGCCACCCUUAAUGCAUUUUUUAACAAAAAAAAUUAAUCAAUGAAGCCAGUGGCCAUCUUAUCACCAUGUACAAGUUGUGGUUAAAAGACACACUCAUUAGAAGUGACGUCUGGGAAGCCCUCCCUAAGUGGAUAAUAUAAUCGCCACUUGUAGAUGCUGGGAGGACCAAGAUGAGUGGGGUACCACUGUGAUGUUAGUAUGGACAGCUCCACUCUUCCCUUUCACAGUCCUGUUGCAUAAGGACAUGGAUGUCUGCAUGUACAGACUUUAAAAACAAAAACAGAAGUUGGGGAAAUUUCUGAGACGCUGUGCUGCAAAAUGCAGGUGUUCCAGGAAGCCUUCUGAACAAGUACAGAAUGUAUUGUUUGACAUCAUGCAAUGGAAAUUGAAUGUUUUCAUUCAGUCCAUGAAAUCUUACUUCGAGCUAGUGAAAUCAUAUUAGGUCAGGAUGUAUGAAGACCCAAACGCUGUCCCACGCAGAACUCUAGGAGAAGCCAUAAUGUGGAAGACAAGCAGGUGCUUUGUAUGUAGAAAUGCCACCCCAGGCAUCUCCAGUCGGGAAGGAUCUUACGAUGUGGGAUGGGAGUUGGGGUUGGGGUGGGCAGACCUCUUUCUCUUGUCUUGGAGACCUGCUGCCAAUUGGAGUCCAACAGAAAUAAGCCGGACAGGCCAACGGCUUAGAUUCUUACAGUUUCUCCCUUUGUUCCCUUCUCAAUAAUUGCUUCAUUGAUAUGCUAUGGAAGUGUGUCUUUAAG